UUCUGCCAUCGUUUCAAAAUUCCACCAAAACAAUGGCCAAUCCAAAAUCAGAAGAGGCUCGGCAAAGUUAUCGUGAUAGAACACCUUUUAAAGGAUUUAAGAUUGAUGAUAAUUCCAUAUUAGGCUCCAUAGAAGGUAGAUAUUGUUGUCCAAAAUGUGGAAAAUCUAGGAAAUAUUACUGUUAUUCCUGUUAUGUGCCUAUAUCAGAAUUGGCUGGUAAACUACCAACAGUGAAGCUUCCUUUAAAAAUUGAUAUAAUUAAACACAAACAUGAAAUAGAUGGCAAGAGCACUGCAGGACAUGCAGCAAUAUUAGCACAUGAAGACGUUAAAAUAUACACAUAUCCUGACAUCCCAAGCUAUGAAAACGAAAAUGUAGUAUUAAUUUUUCCCAGCCAACAAGCUAUAAGUGUAAGUCAACUAGUAAAUGAAGAAAAUUAUGAAAAUAUUUAUCAGCACCAAACCAAACCUUUAGAUGAAAUUCCAGAGGGUUACAAUAGGACCACAUUAAUGACAAAAAUCCCAAAAUCUAGAGAGGAGAUUGGUUUUAAUGGAGAAAUUAAAAAAAUACCAGUGACCAAAGCAAUUUUUAUCGAUAGUACUUGGAAUCAAAGUAAAGGUAUUUACAAGGACGAAAGGAUAAAUAGGAUACCUUGUGUGGUGAUUCAGAAUAGAAUAUCUCAAUUCUGGAGACACCAAAAAGGCAGUCCACGGUGGUAUUUGUCCACAAUUGAAGCUAUUCAUCAGUUUUUAAUAGAAAUUCAUUUGCAUUUAUGGGGGUUGCAUCCAAGCUAUGAGGGAAUUGAAAGCUGUUUUACUGAGAAGUGUUUAAAACAGUUUAAGAUAGUGGAUGAUGAUAAAGCUUAUAAUGGACAGUAUGAUAACAUGCUUUAUUUUUUUAAGCAUAUGUAUGAUUUGAUUCAUAGUUAUUAUCAGCAUGAAGAGUUAUAUGCUUAUAAAAGGAGGUUAAUGUGA